CUGUUUCCAUAGCAGCCACCGUAAAGUCUGCGCGCGUCGAUCUUAUCUUUUCCUAUAGUGCUUGCGCCGCACUGUUCAGAAGUUAGGCAGGCAUGUCAUACUACAACCAACCACCCGGUGGAUACCAACAACCAUAUCCAGGUCAAGGUCCUCCCCAAGGUUACGGACAACAACAGUAUCAAACACCUCCACCCCAAGGUUACUCUCAACCACCCAUGCAGCAUCAACAGUACGGCGGUUACCCGCCCCAGCAAGGUUACGGCGCGCCUCCUCCAAGCCAGUACGGCCCGCCUCAAGGUCAAUAUAGCGCCCCGCCCCCACCACAGGGUUAUGCUCCUCCCCCUGGACAGUAUCAUCAGCCACCGCCGGGUCAAUAUGGUGCGCCUCCAGGUCCCCCCCCAGGUCAAUAUGGUGCGCCUCCAGGUCCCCCUCCAGGUCAAUACGGUGCACCACCACCGCAAGGACAAUACGGGGCCCCGCCACCGGGCCAGUAUGGAGCCCCUCCACCGGGUCAAUAUGCUCCUCCACCCCAAACAAGCGGCUAUGGCGGCCCGCCAACCCAACCGUCUCUCGGUUACGGCCAGCAGACAGCCAACAUUGACAUGAUGAAGGACGUUGAGGCUAUCCGCAAAGCCAUGAAGGGCUUCGGCACUGAUGAAAAGGCACUUAUCAGCAUCUUGGCCAAGAAGGAUCCGAUUCAGAUUGGCACGAUUCGUGUACAAUACGAACAACGCUUAAUGCGGAAUCUAGUCCAGGACCUCGAAAAGGAGACCAGUGGUUACUUCUGCAGGGGACUAGUGGAAAUUGCCCGAGGACCCCUAGUAUCUGACUGCUACAACCUUAUGGAAGCAAUGAAGGGUCUUGGCACAAAGGAAGUUAUCCUAGAUGACAUUCUCGUUGGCCGCAGCAACGCCGAUAUCAACAUCAUCAAACAAAAGUACCAGGAACUCUUCAAAAGAUCUCUCCAAAAGGAUCUCCAGGGUGAUCUCAGCGCUGGUACCGAGCAGAUGUAUGACAUGAUCAUCUCAGCAAGUCGUGCAGAAGACUCACAUCCUGUGGUUCCUCAAGAGAUUGACCAAGCCGUGACACAGCUACAGGCUAGCCUGGGUGGCUUCGCCGGCAAGAACACUUCUCAGGUCUGCCAGAUCCUUACCAGCAAGAACGACGCCCAGCUUAGAGCGAUUGCACAGUCCUACCAACAGCGAUUCCAAAAGCCUUUCGACAGCGUGCUGAAAUCAUCGUUUUCGGGUCAUAUGCAGGAUGUGCUCCGUCUUCUGGUGCGCCGUGCUAUCAACCGGCCCGAGGCGGAAGCUGUUCGUCUUGAAGAGUCCAUGGCUGGCUUGGGCACAAAAGAUGAGCUGCUCGUACAGCGUGUUGUGCGAUGCCACUGGGACAGAAAUCUCAUGAAUGCAGUCAGCGCUGCAUACAAGCAGGUUUACAAGAAGGAUCUUGUCAAGAGAAUAGAAGGGGAGACGCGUGGUGAUUACGAGAGACUCAUGGUUGCUUGCGUGAAGCCGUAAGCGAAUUGGAGUUUUUGCUUAGAACUGGGAGGCUCUUUUGAUACGAUGUCAUGUUUUCUUCCUCUCUGCUCCUUUGUUAUUGUUCGACAUUGUGAGGGAUACCCUGUAUUGGUCGAGGAGUAGGUUGUUAUUUAUUUCUGCUUUUUCUUUUCAAGAUUGAGAUACGGGAAAUUCGGCAGAUGAUUGUCUUUCAAUGGUUGUUCUCUUGACUGAA